UAUUCCCCUUAGCUUUGACUACGCAAGUGUGGGACUCGGCAUGGUUUAUUUUGGAAAAGACACCCUCCGCGCCAAGUCAUCCAAAUAUCCAUGUCCCACUUAACUUCUCUUAUGUUGCAUCAAACGACUCGGAUCCGAUGUGGAAACGACUGGCAUAAUGCCUGCAAUAAUCCCGGGUUUUAUACUACCGGGUAAAGGCAAGGCGUGAGCUUCAAGCGCAUAUUUCAUAUGGAUAUUGCCGGACUGCCGUCGACAUCCACACAGGGAGAUGCGGCUCCUUGCCCUAUUGAGCUGCUCAUUGAUUCAGGAUGACGGUGAAUUGCUGGACUUAUUCACGCGUCUAUCUGCUUAUUCUGGUUCUAUUGUGUUCUGGGGGACGUUGCACCAUCUUCGCCAUCACAUAGCCUUGGAUAUCGAGCAAUAUGACCAUCCGUCUCUUUUUCACGGUCUGCACGUUUGCCUUGCUAGUCUGUCUUUUUUUUUCCACUGUACUAUUUACGGCGUGCUCACACUUUCAUGGUGUGCAGACAGAAUAUUGGAUUAUAUUUAUGCUGGCAUUAGUCAAUGAUUCAA